AUGAACGCAACACGCGCCCUCGCUCGCCAGCCCAUGAUCCGCUUCCUGGGCAAGCGCACCACUCCUCAGAAGGUCGACCACACCCCGCACGUCCACCCUGCCUCUCCCAUGAGCGAGCUUCCUUCCUCUUUCAAGUCCUACCGACAGAAGGCACAGCAGCACGGCCCGCUCAACCACAUUCCCAGCGCCUUUGUUGGCGGUCACAUUGGCGGCGCAUCUGGCAGGGACCUUGGCCCUAUCGAGGCAGGCAAGGGCUUGUACUUCGACCGCUCUGAGCUGCCCGCACGCUUCCAGAACCUGUCAUGGACACAGGCUGAGAUGGAACUGCUCGAGUCCGGUGGCGCCAGCGCAUUCGCUUAG